GCGGCAGCGUCCGUCUUGACCCGCGUUAACGCCGUCACCAUCGACGCCUCUUCCCAAUCAUCCCUCACCAAUGGCUCCUAUCAGACCGUUAAGGGUAUCAUGAACUACUAUCACGGAGACGAAAUCGGAGAAACACCCGGUCUCUUCCCCGCUCCCGCAUACUGGUGGGAAUCUGGAGCAGCAUGGAAUACUCUCAUCGAGUACUACGCUUACACCGGCGACGACACAUGGAACAACCAGACAAUGAAGUCGUUGUUGUUCCAGGUUGGUCCGGAUGAUGAUUACAUGCCCCUCAACCAGACCACGUCCGAAGGAAACGAUGACCACGGGUUCUGGGGUAUCGCAGCUAUGUCAGCAGCCGAGAAUAACUUCCCCAACCCAGCCUCCGACGAACCUCAAUGGCUCGCCCUCGCACAGGCCGUAUUCAACCGCAUGGCUUCCCGCUGGGACGACGAGAACUGCAACGGUGGUCUCCGCUGGCAAAUUUUCCAGUUCAACAACGGGUACAAAUACAAGAACUCUAUCUCUAACGGAGUGUUCUUCAACCUCGCCGCACGUCUCGCUCGUUAUACCGGUAACCAGACCUACGCCGACUGGGCCCAAAAGACCUGGGAUUGGACCGUCGACAUCGGUUUGAUCAACAAGACCGCCAACUGGGCCAUCUACGAUGGUGCCAACGUCCCCAACUGCUCGACCGAUACCUUCGAUACCAUCCAAUGGACCUACAACAACGGAAUGUACCUCGGUGGAGCCGCAUUCAUGUACAACUACACCAAUGGCAACUCCACCUGGAAAUCCUACACCCAAUCCCUCCUCGACUCCGCCGAGCUUUUCUUUUUCGUCAACUCGACAGUCCUGUACGAACCCGCCUGCGAACCCUCCCAAACCUGCGACUACGACCAAACGUCCUUCAAGGGGUAUCUGUCCCAGCAGUUGAACUACGCCGCAAAGGUGGCGCCGUUCACCGCAAACCAAGUCCACACACUCCUCGCCUCCUCCGCCGAAGCAGCCGGUCUGUCUUGCUCCGGUGGCACAGAUGGCAUUACCUGCGGUAAUCGCUGGUACGAAUACACCUGGGACGGUGACUACGGUCUCGGUGAGCAAAUCUCUGCCGCGGACGUAGUACUUGCUUCUCUUUCCCGAUUCGCACCGCAGUACCCACUCACGGCUAAUAAUGGGGGGACGAGCGCGGGUGAUCCGAGUGCGGGGACGAGUGAUGAUAGUAGUACGAGUGCGGCGACGAGUACGACUGCUAGUACGAAGGAUAAGGCGUUGGGUGGGUUGUUGACUGUUGUUUUGAGUUUGGGGGUUCUUGCUGGUGGUGGGUGG